UCACCUUUCCUUAUUGCAGUCAACUUAUAAACAUGAGCUGGGCCCCAUUUCAUGGCAUCCUGUGUACUUCUCAACUUUGCUGGGUCACCGCUCAGCAGAAGCAGUGCCAUACCACCCAUAGUCAUCAGCCUGGCAUGUCUUGAGUUCUUCAUCCAAAGGAUUUGGGCACAAGUGGGUGGUCCUCCUGUGCUGUGCUCCUCCCUGUCUGCCUGGCCAAGCCCAGUGGUUCCUCAAGGACAAUGUGUGACUCUUCAGUGUCACUCUCAUUGCAGGUUUGGCAUGUUCAGACUAUACAAGGUCACUGGUGCCCUCAUUCCUGAACUCCACAGCAUAAUGUUGCAGGACAGCUUCCUCGCUGGCCCUGUAACCCCAGCACAUGCAGGAACUUAAAGAUGUCAUGGAUCCUACCUUGGCUCCUCCUCUGUGUGGUCACCACCCAGUGACCCCCUGUUGAUUGUGGUCACAGGAGUCUACAGAAAACUUUCCCUCUCAGCUCAGCCAGGUCCCCUGGUGAAAUCAGAAGGGAACAUGACCUUGCAUUGUUGCUCAGAGAUCCAGUUUGAAAGCUUUGUUCUUCACAGUGAGGAGCUAUCCAAGGCCCCUUGGCACCUUCCUGGGCAGUCCCAUCGUGAGGGUUCCCAUGCUAGCUUCAUCAUGGGUCCUGUGACAGCUGCCCAUGCAGGGACCUACAGGUGCUUCGGUUUUCUGAAUCACUCCUUCUAUGAGUGGUCUACCCCCAGCGACCUCCUGGACAUCAUGAUCACAGGUCUACAUAAGAAACUUUCUCUCUGGGCCCAGCUGGGUGCUGUGCUGAGUUCAGGAGAGAACAUGACCCUGUUCUGCUGCUCAGAGAGCAACUUUGAUGUGUACCAUCUACCCAGGGACGGGCAGCUCCGUGGGCACCAGCUGGCUGAGGGGCAGAGGCACGAUGGUGCAUCCUGGGCCCACUUCCUUCUGGGUCCCGCAAAACCAGCCCUGGGUGGGACCUACAUAUGCCAUGGCUCUUUCAACUCCUCUCCCUGUGAAUGGUCAGGCCCAAGUGACCCACUGUACCUUUCUGUCACAGGAAACCUGUCAAGUAGUUGCCUUCCAUACAGAGAACCAAACUCCAAAACUGGUAACCCCAGACACUUGCAUGUUCUGGCUGGCCCUUUAGUGGCCAUCAUCUUCCUCACCAUCCUUCUUUUUUUCCUCACUCAUCACUGGUGCCAUGCCACAAAGAAUGCUGCUAUAAUGAACAGAGAGCCUGAGAUGGACAGAAUGGUGAGUAGGGAGGAUCCUCCAGCAGAAGACGCACAGGAGGUGACAUACACGGAGUUGGGUCAUUGCAUUUUCACACAGCAAAAAACCACCCCCACUUCCCAGGGGCCCAAGGAACACUCGAGUGAUGCCAGUGUAUACAUGGAAUUUGUAAGGCCAAUCAAGGCUGGAAUCCUAUGCCUGAGCACACCCAGAAAGACCCUGAGGAGGCUUUAGACCCAUGG